AGCCAAGCCCUGGCCCCGAGGAUGUCUCAGCUGGCGGCCAGCUCCCGUCUGCACCAUGAGUGAUGAGCGGCGGCUGCCCGGCAGUGCGGUGGGCUGGUUGGCAUGUGGCGGCCUUUCCCUCCUGGCCAACGCCUGGGGCAUCCUGAGCGUGGGUGCCAAGCAGAAGAAGUGGAAGCCGCUGGAGUUUCUGCUGUGCACGCUCGCGGCCACCCACAUGCUCAACGUGGCGGUGCCCAUCGCCACCUACGCCGUGGUGCAGCUGCGGCGGCAGCGCCCGGACUACGAGUGGAAUGAGGGCCUCUGCAAGGUCUUUGUCUCCACCUUCUACACCCUCACCCUGGCCACCUGCUUCUCCGUCACCUCCCUCUCCUACCACCGCAUGUGGAUGGUCCGCUGGCCCGUCAACUACCGGCUGAGCAACGCCAAGAAGCAGGCGGUACACACGGUCAUGGGCAUCUGGAUGGUGUCCUUCAUCCUGUCCGCCCUGCCGGCCGUCGGCUGGCACGACACCAGUGAGCGCUUCUACACCCACGGCUGCCGCUUCAUCGUGGCCGAGAUCGGCCUCGGCUUCGGCGUCUGCUUCCUGCUGCUGGUGGGCGGCAGCGUGGCCACGGGCGUGGUCUGCACCGCCAUCGCCCUCUUCCAGACGCUGGCUGUGCAGGUGGGGCCGCGGGCCGGCCACCGCGCCUUCACCGUGCCCACCAUCGUGGUGGAGGACGCUCAGGGCAAGCGCCGCUCGUCCAUCGACGGCUCUGAGCCGGCCAAAACCUCGCUGCAGAUCACGGGGCUGGUGGCCACCAUUGUCAUCAUCUAUGACUGCCUCAUGGGCUUCCCUGUGCUGGUGGUGAGCUUCAGCAGCCUUCGGGCGGACGCCUCGGCGCCCUGGAUGGCGCUGUGUGUGCUGUGGUGCUCGGUGGCCCAGGCCCUCCUGUUGCCCAUAUUCCUCUGGGCCUGUGACCGCUACCGCGCCGACCUCAAGGCCGUCUGGGAGAAGUGCGUGACCCUCAUGGCUAACGAUGAGGACUCGGACAAUGAUCCCAGCCUGGAGGGCGGCAUCCCCCCGGACCUGGUGCUGGAGCACUCGCUCGACUACAGCUAUGGCGGCGACUUUGCGGCCCUGGACAGGAUGGCCAAGUAUGAGCUCUCGGCCCUGGAGGGGGGCGCACCCCAGUUCUACCCGGCGCGGCCCUUGCCGGAGAACAAGAUGCAGUACCUGCAGGUCCCGCCCACGCGACGCUUCUCCCACGACGACGCGGAGGUGUGGGCCGCCGUGCCGCUGCGCGCCUUCCUGCCGCGCUGGGGCACGGGCGAGGACCUGGCGGCCCUGGUGCUGCCCGCCGGGCCCGAGCGCCGCCGCGGCAGCCUGCUGGCCUUCGCAGAGGAUGCGCCCCCGUUCCGCCCGCGCCGCCGCUCCGCCGAGAGCCUGCUGGCGCUGCGCCCCCCGGCCCCCGACGGCGGCCCGCGCCGCGCUCGCGACUCGCCCCCCGGCAGCCCGCGCCUCCGCCCCGGGCCCGGCGCCCGCUCCGCCUCGGCCUCGCUGCUGCCCGACGCCUUCGCGCUGACCGCCUUCGAGAGCGAGCCGCAGGCCCUGCGCCGCCCGCCGCCGCCGGGGCCCCGCGUCCCCAGCGCGCGGCCGGGCGAGGACGCGGUGCCCCCUGCCGGCGGAGGCGCGCAGCGGAGCCCCGGGCCGCGCCCGGCCGUGCACGCGCACGCGCACGCGCACGCGCACGCGGGACCCCUGAGGACCGGCCUGAGCGCGUCGUGGGGCGAGCCCGGGGGCCUGCGCGCGGCGGGUGGCGGCGGCGCAGCCACCAGCAGCUUCCUGAGCUCGCCCUCCGAGUCCUCGGGCUACGUCACGCUGCACUCGGACUCGCUGGGCUCCGCGUCCUAGAGCCUGCGGGCGCUUCCCCACGCGCGCCCGGCGGGCCGGGCUGCCCGCAGGGACCAAAGCACCAAAGAUGCCACGCUGACCCAGGCCGGGCUCCGGGCGGCGCCACGCGGGGCCCACCGACGGCGCCUGGCUAAGUGCCAGCCCUCCCUGCGUGACUGAGCCACGGGCAUCGCUCCAAGGGUCGGU